AUGACAGACGACGACGAUAGACGACGACAACUGCACUACGACGAUAGGAGACGACAACCACACUACGAGGAAAGUGACAACGGCCGAGCACCCCGUCCCACCAAUGGUGAACACGGCCCCACCCACAACGACGACGACUCACCAACACCCUCCCGAACGGCUGCAACGGCCCACCAACUGCACGAGCAGAUUCAAUUGUGCAACGAUGGCUCAGGUGAUUGCAGCUCAAGUCAUAAUUCUGGUGUGGUUAACAAAGAAGCUGCCAUCGUUUCUAGGCGUGUUGGUGACGCCAAGGAUCGGGUUCAAAUGGAGUUUGAUGGCCGAACUGGGGAUACCAACACAUGUGCCAAAAUAAGCAUUAACUACAUAAUCAAGUUAUUUUUCCCUGAUGGAGCUACAGGACUAGCGGAGGCUACUGCUGCUGGGGAAGGGAUGAUGGGAGCAGCGGGGGCAGGCUUGGGGAUUACUUACGCUUACUGCUACAUACUAAUGCUACCUGAAAAGUGUGACACAUAUGGUACAUAUAUUCAUUGUGAAUACGUUGGAAGCGGUGACAAGGACCCCAGGCUCCUGUCAAAUUUUUUCGGAUCAGGCUCUAUCAGGCUUCAAACAGACCUGACCCUGCUCGCCAGAUUGGAUGAUGGCUUCUCCCGCGAAGGAGUCACAGAGCCUGGUGCGUCCAUUGGUAACCGUAUUCCAUCGUCUGAUCGUACUGGUGAGAGCAGCAUUAAAACAUCUGUUGUAUGCCAGGGAAACACUGCGUUCAAAAACGAGGAUUACCGGACAGCAAGGUCCCUCUAUACUCAUGCGCUGUCGAUCGACCCCUUGAAUGAAAUUUAUCCUCUGAAUCGGGCGAUGGCGAAUUUGAAGCUUGAAAGGUGGUCGGAAGCGGAAAUAGAUUGCACGGCAACUCUCAAAAUAUCCCCUGGACAUUCAAAGGCUAUUUACAGGAGGAUUGUGGCACGACGGGAACUAGGGAAAUACAAACAGGCGAACGAAGAUCUAGACCUGUUCAUCAAUGGCGGAGGGGAUCGCCUUUUAGCAGCGCAAGCACGGGAAUCACUUUCAAAAUACCCCGUUGAGGAUAUCAAUCUAUCGCCUUUAACCACUCCGGAUCCCACUGAUCGCCUUGCGAAUGAAGUUCACGCUAUUCGCUUGAAGGAAGGAGACCCUUUCACCAUCCGCGAAUCGAACACUCGGAGAGGUUGCUGUGCCCUCGCUACCAAGAAAAUCCGCAGAGGAGAUCUCAUCUUGUCCGAAAAGCCAGUCGUCAUCGUCAGGACCGAAACGUCGACCGGUAAACCACAGCAGCUCGCCAUACAAUCCGAGCUGCGCGGACUUUCACCAACUCAUCUGAACAGUUUCCUGCACCUCUCCAACGGGCACUCGGAUUGUUCCUGUUUCCCGGGUCAGCGUGCCACCGGCAUCUUCGCCACUAAUUCCUUUGCGCUCACCGACGAUCAAAGUGGUAUCGGUUUGACAGGAUGUCGCUUCAAUCACUCAUGCUCCCCGAACGCGAGAUUCUCUUUUAAUCCGACAAACGGUCACUUCCGCAUUUUUGCGCUGAGCGACAUACCUGUCGGCGAAGAAAUCUGUGUUGCGUAUCUCAGUUCCAGAAAGUUGUACGGUCAAACUCGCCAGCAGAGGCAGGGGCUACUCCGUUCUCGCUACCACUUCACUUGCUCUUGCUCAGUAUGCUCUCUUCCCAAGGCUGAGAUGACUUUGAGCGAUAGCCGGCGAGUGAAAGUCAACGAGUUAUGGGACAAGGUUCCUAUGUUUCGCCCAAACCAGACAGUCCAACGGUUGAACACUAUCGUUCAAGCGAUCAAUUUACUGAAGGAGGAGGGUUAUGCAGCGGACUAUGACGAUUUCACCAACGAUGCCGCGAUAAUUUGCGCAUUCCACUCGGACUAUGAGUCGUCAAAGUAUUGGGCCAAGCUAACUUAUGAGACAAGGGUGGCAGAAUUUGGCGAAGAUAGCCCGCGAGCUGCAGAGGUUCGUGAUACAUAUUUGAACCCAAAAUCGUUCUCGAUGGCUGGCACUGGUCGGGUGCAGCGUUUCUCCCACAUACGGCUCUAG